AUGGAAAAGUUGAGACUCGAGGAUGGCCUGGAAAAGAUACCGUUUUUACGGAUACGAUCUCACUGCGAUACGCUGUUCCUCUAUAUGCAGCACUUACACAAUACGAGUCGUUUUUUGGACGUUAUUGUUCAAAAUAACGGCAAUUAUGCGAUAUCGGCUCAUCGCCUUAUUCUAGCUGCUUAUAGCAGACAUUUGGAUGCAGCUCUUACUAGUGUUCAAGAUUCUGCAGUUAUAACCUUGAACAUUGAUCCGAAAAUUACAGGUGUGGAAAUGGAUGAUCUUCGAGCAUUGGUAAACUAUAUGUAUACUGGACGUUGUAGCAAUCGAUCUCAAAGUAGGACACUUUUUGUUGCAAAUGCGCUUGGUUGUGAUUCCCUGAUUAAACUGCUAGAAAGUGAAGAAGCUCAGAUUUAUCGGAAUGUGGAUUUGGAAAAUCCAGAUCAUGCUCAAGAACUGUUACAAGCAAUCUAUCGCUUUAAAACUCAAGGAAAAUUUAUCGAUUGCUUCGUGAGUAGUCAGAGCAGAGUGAUUCUUCGAUGUCAUCGUUUGAUGCUUUGUGCGUUCAGUACUCAUUUUGAAAAUGCACUUGCAUGUACCGAGAAAAGUGCCAUUGUUACUGUUGACAUAGAUCCCCAAAUUACGGGUGUGAGUAGUGUGGAUUUGAGGAAUAUAGUCGAUUUUUUAUACAGCGGGUCAGUCCGCACUACAUCGAGGCGUCAUAAGAUAUUACGACAGGCUGCUGUUACUUUGGGUGUGGCUAGAUUAGUUGAUGCUAUCGAUGAAGAAUUAAUUGCUUCCGAAACAGAUUGUUAUAGUACUGAUGAUCAUGAUGAAAUGCUGGUGACAAAUGCAAUUUAUGGAUUUUCGAGCCCCAUAGGCAAUAGAAAUUUGAUUGAAAAUAGCGAGUCUGACAUUUCUCCUAUAAACCGUCCAAACUUCGAAGAUGAAGAUGAUGACAAUAAUUUGGUGGAAACCAGUGCUGAAGAUCUUAUGGAGGAAGCUUCUAAUUAUAUAGAUAAAGAUGAAAUACAGACUGCAGAAGAUGAAAUGAAACAAAGCGGGAUGGCUGUUGCGAAGGCAGCAAAUGAUUACAUGUAUAUUUAUGAAAAAUUUGUUUCUGGACCAAGUCGAGGUCGUAAGGGUGGCACAUAUGGACAUAAACGGUUUAUGUUGCAGUUGAAAAAAGAUAGAAAGCUCUCUCAUGUGGAAGAAGCAUCAGCAAGUUAUGAUACUAUGCAGAAUAAUGAUUUUGGAAAUGUCUCUGCAGUGACGGUGUCAUAUAUUCCACCUGCUAAAAAGCAUCAUUUGUUUGACAGUUUCGGUUAUGGUUUGCCCGAAAUUAUUGCUCCCAAAGAUGUUACUGUGCCUUUGUUAGUCGGUGAUCAAAAGGUAAUGAUGGAAAAACCCUUCAAAUGUCCAUUCUGUGAUCAUCGGACGAAAGAGAAAAGUGCGGUUGAAAAACACGUCAGAUGUAUACAUACUUUGGAAACUCCUUAUAAAUGUCAAUAUUGCAAUCAAGCUUUCAAAGUGCAGAGCAAUCUUGUCAGGCAUAUUCGAGCCCACACAGGCGAAAAACCAUACACAUGUAAAAAAUGUGGGACGACUUAUGCAGAUAAAAAAAAUAUGGAUGCGCAUAUAUUUAGAGAGCAUUUGAAGCUGAAACCAUUCGAAUGUCCGGAAGAGUUUUGUAGAGCUAAAUUUUGGCGAAAAGAUCGUUUUGUUGUGCACUGCCGUCGAACGCACAGUUUUGAACCGGUUAUUACUUUCGAGAAAUUGAGUACCUGA